GACUGUGCAACAACAUUUCGAGGUUCUCGGUGGAGUUGCGCUGUCCUGAUUUGAGCCGUGUCUGUACAUCAACUCAGCCCGUGUCUAAACGGGACCACAGACGCCUUAAACAAUGAUUUUUAAAGAGUUAUUAAUCUAAUUCAGUUCAUCUGAAGGGUGCUGAUACUUCAAAGAGAAACAUUUGCGACAUAAAGCGCGAGAGAGAGGAUUCUUCACGAUGAGGCUCACUGCGCUGCUUUGUGGCACUCUUUUAACUUUCCUGCUUGUCUCCGAAGGUGUUUUAGGUGCUGCCGAAUGCUCAUGUGGAAGAAAUCACUUCACAUGUGCGGUCAGUGCGUUUGGCGAGUGCACGUGCAUCCCGGCGCAGUGGCAGUGUGAUGGUGACAAUGACUGCGGAGAUCACAGCGAUGAAGACGGAUGCAUAUUGCCCACAUGCUCACCGUUAGACUUUCACUGCGAUAAUGGAAAAUGCAUCCGGCGCUCGUGGUUAUGCGAUGGAGACAACGACUGUGAGGAUGACUCCGAUGAACAAGACUGUCCUCCACGAGAAUGCGAGGAAGAUGAGUUUCAUUGUCAAAAUGGAUACUGUAUCCGCAGCCUGUGGUACUGUGAUGGAGACAAUGACUGUGGAGAUAACAGUGACGAGCAGUGCGAUAAGAGGAAGUGCUCUGAUAAAGAGUUCCGCUGCUCUGAUGGAAGCUGCAUUGCAGAACACUGGUACUGUGAUGGAGACACGGACUGCAAAGAUGGAACCGAUGAAGAGAAUUGUCCAUCUGACGUGAUGACAGCCACAUGCAGUGUUGAGGAGUUUCAGUGUGCAUAUGGCCGCUGUAUUCUGGACAUCUACCACUGUGAUGGAGAUGACGACUGCGGGGACUGGUCUGAUGAGUCGGACUGUUCCUCCCAACAGCCCUGCCGUUCUGCAGAGUUCAUGUGCAGCAGUGGCAUGUGUAUCAAUGCAGGCUGGAGGUGUGACGGAGAAUACGACUGCGACGACCAAUCAGAUGAAAAGAACUGCAGUACAUCGAUGUGCAUGGCUGAUCAGUUUCGCUGUACGUCUGGUCGAUGUGUGCGGUUGUCAUGGCGCUGUGAUGGGGAGGAUGACUGCUCUGAUAACAGUGAUGAAGACGGCUGUGAAAAGACUGAUGUUGAUGAGUGUGCAGAUGAAGGUUACUGUAGUCAAGGCUGUACCAACAUAGAAGGAGGAUUUCACUGCUGGUGUGUGCAAGGUUACGAGCUUCGACCCGACAAACGCAGCUGCAAAGCUUUGGGUGAGGCUCAGUAUCUCCUGUGA